GUCAGUCAAGAAAAUCAGUGAAAUUGUCCAGUUGCCUUACUGAAGAAACGUUUAAUACAAUGAAGCACGAAUGCUCAAAUUGCCAUGUUUGGAGUAAUUGUUACAGGAAACUUACUCCUAAACUGUAUGAUUAUGCAGCGGAAAGGAGAAUAAAAUUGGAUGAAAGCUGUUCCUACAUUUGUAAUACCUGCUAUUGCCGACUUUAUCGCAUUAUCAAGAAAGGAAACGAGCCAGCAGCUCCAAGUGCAGUUAAUAUAGAAUGUGAAAAUCAAGAACUCACCGUUUCUGAACCAUCGAAACUUGAUGAUCUCGCCGUUACCGGACCAUCAGGCACCAAUAAUUUCGCCGUGGCGGGACCAUCUAGAGUGAACAAUUUCGCCGCACCAGCAAACAUCAAUAAUGGUGGUUUCGAAAUAAUCGAUCCCAAUGCCGCUGGAUCAUCGGAAAUUGACGCUGUUCCUAGUGUUGAAUCUUUGUUUUCUUUGGAAUCAACGAGUGCUGAAUCAAUUGGUAGCGCUGGUGCCCAGAAACCCGGAGACGGUCAGGAAAUUCUUCAACAAAUGAAGGCAAAAUUUGAUGAAAUAUCUGACAGAAACGAUCGAUAUAGGAUUCUAAUUUCCCUUCCCAAAUCCUGGACUGCAUACAAAAUGAUGCAAGAAUUCGGUGUUUCGCAACGAACUGCUCAACGUGCAAAGAAACUACAGAUUGAAAAAGGUUUUAUGAGCACACCGGAGACCAGAUUAAAGCGUAAACCAUGGUUGAGUAAACCCUAG